GGUUCCUCCUACCCUUCUGCUCGCCACGUGCGUCGUGCGCGACAGCGCGUCCCCUCCCUCCCCCCCCCCCCCCCCCCCGGCAGUCGAGACAUAUAUAUCUUGCCCGACAUCCCCCAAUCCAACCUCUCCUCCAGGUUCCAUCCAUUCGAGCUGAGCUGAUCCUAGCUGAGACGAAAGCGCGGAAUUGGAAGGCUGUUUUCGUCUAACCAUGGGGCUCCCUAACUUCUGGUCGCGGCCGACCGUGUCUGAGGUCCCAGCAGGCGCCGACGCCAACGUAUCCAGCACCGAUGUCUCUGUCCUCCACGACGGCAACCUCGCCUACACGGUUGAGAAGGCGGGCAAUGGGUCGAAGCCGUCCUACCAGGAGGUUACCGGCGCGCCUGUCGAGUCCAGGUCACCGCUGGGGUACCACGUCGGGUGGCUGACCGUGAUCUUUCUCAACGUCAACCAGAUGAUUGGCACCGGUAUCUUCUCAACUCCCGGGACUAUUUUGAACAGGACGGGCUCCAUCGGCCUCGCCCUGAUAUACUGGACGAUCGGUGUCCUACUAGCUAUCGCUGGCUUCAGCGUGUACCUCGAGCUCGCUAGCUACUUCCCGAAUCGGUCGGGCUCCGAAGUCGUGUACCUCGAGCAGGAAUACCCGCGGCCGAAGCAUUUCUUCCCGAUCACUUUCGCCGUGUUCAACGUGCUGCUGUCGUUUAGCAGCAGCAACGCCAUCGUCCUGGCUCGAUAUCUGUUCCGAGCAGCCGGCCAGACGCCGACCGACUGGCAGCUCAAAGGCGUCGCGGUGGCGGCCUACACGUUGGCAAGCUUGUGUGUGAUACUUCACAAUAAAUACUCGCUCUGGUUAAUGAACUUCCUCGGCGUCCUGAAAAUCAUCACCUUGAUCUUCACAAGCAUUACCGGCCUCGUGGUUUUGGGCGGGAAUUUAAGCCACAUCCCGGACCCGGGUGCUAAUUUCCGCAAUGCCUUCGAGGGCACCACGACGAACGGUAACGAUCUCGCGGUGGCUUUGGUGAACAUCCUCUUCUCGUACGCCGGCUACACCAACGCCUUCAACCUCGUCAACGAGAUCAAGAACCCGAUCCGAACUCUCAAGAUACACGGCGCCAUAUCGAUCUCCAUCGUCAGCCUGCUGUACAUGCUCUGCAAUAUUGCGUACUUCGCCGCUGUGCCGAAGGAAGAGUUUGCCAGUUCCCGGGAGAUCGCGGCGGCGGUCUUCUUCGUUUCGGUCUUCGGUCGGGGCGGUGCCGAGAAAGCCCUGAACGUUUUGGUCUUGUUGAGCGCGUUCGGGAACCUCCUUGCCGUACUAAUCGGCCAGUCGCGAGUGAUCCGUGAGAUCGGACGACAAGGCACACUCCCCUUCACCAAAUUCUGGGUGUCGACGAAGCCUUUCGGGACCCCGAUCGGCCCGUAUAUUUUGAAGUGGGCGAUGACCUUGGUCAUGAUUCUUGCUCCUCCCGCAGGCGACGCGUUUCAGUUCAUUAUCAGUUUAAGAGCAUACCCAGAUGGAAUAUUCAACCUCUUCCUCGCGUUCGGGGUGUACUUGGUCCGGCACCGUCACAAACGCCUCGGACGAUCGGCUCCCGAGUUCAGGGCGUGGCACAUCGUCGUGAUCUUCUACAUCCUGAUCCAGGUCUACGUCCUAGCGACACCAUGGAUACCUCCGAAGGGCGGCCCCUACGCUGGCGAGGUCUCGUUCUGGUACGCGACGUACUGCGUGGUCGGCAUCGCCAUCAUCAUCGUAUGCGCGCUGUACUAUGUCUUCUGGAUGCAUCUGUUGCCGAAGUGGAAAGGGUACGAGAUCCGGCAGGAGAUUCUCAACGUCGAAAACGAAGGCGCCAAUACCCACAGGCUCGUCAAGGUGCCGCUGCAAGAGCUGGGGAAAUGGGACGAGGAGCACGACGAGGCGGGCCGCUUGCGACGGAGACACCACGGAGCUUCGGCGCGGUCGUCAGACGGGGACGACGGUAACGACCAGCACGAGCCGAAGGCAGUCUAGUCGGAGGGUGGUUCGGCGGCUUGGUUUUGAUUGCGGUGGCAUGUGCCCAGCCGAGGGCGGUGUAGAUAUUCCUGGGGGUAAUGUCGGGUAGAGUAGAGAACGGCUCUGCAGAUCAAUCAGCUACGUUGUUCAGAAGACUAGCUAGGUCGACGACAGGUGAACAUCAACAGAGCCCAUACCAGAUCCAGAAUAGGCGCUUCCACCGACGCCUUCAGCCCCGAACCUCUUGGCAGAGUGCGAAAUUAGCCCCCAUCCAGCCUGUGUUUCCAGCGAAGCUUCUGAUGGUGGCAUGGACUCCGGAGAGAAAUCCCCGGGUAGGGUGAAAUAUGCGAUCUAGUGCUUCCCCCUCUGAUUGAAUGUGUGGACACACCUCUCAGGUACCUCGGUAGGAAGAUAGGUAUGCAUGUAGCGCGUGGUAUUGUACCUAAGACAGGCCGAGUUCGGGAUACAAGGAUGCAUCAACAUAAAAUCUCCCCAUGGGGGAGAUUACUUACGGCACAGUUAGCACACAACUUGCCAACGGCACCAACGCGCCACCGUUGGUGAGUCCACGCCACCGGAUUCAUAAAUAUUGGCAAAGAGCAGGAAUGCCGUCGGGAUUCUGCUGCGCGGCUUUUCCCCGCCACCCGCGCUGUCGGAAUCUCGAAAAACAAUGUAUGCCAUGGCGACUCUCCCCCUUGCUCUCUCUUUCUCUUUCUCUCUCUCUCUCUUUCUCUUUCUCUCUCUCUCUCU